AUGGUCGGAGAUUAUGCAACCAUGGGCACAGACUGUGGUCACAGGUAGAGCUAGAUUAGGAGGUAUACCGCUAGGUGUGAUUGCUGUGGAGACCCGCACGGUUGAACUGAACCUCCCCGCGGAUCCCGCUAAUCUUGAUUCGGAAGCCAAGACUGUCAGUCAGGCGGGUCAGGUGUGGUUCCCGGACUCUGCGUAUAAAACAGCGCAGGCUAUCCAGGACUUCAGCAGGGAGGAUCUUCCUUUGAUGAUUUUCGCCAACUGGCGAGGGUUUUCAGGCGGGAUGAAAGACAUGUAUGAGCAAAUUAUGAAAUUUGGCGCUUAUAUUGUCGAUGGACUCCGGAAAUACACGAAACCCAUCAUUAUCUAUAUACCACCAAAUGGUGAGUUACGAGGUGGGGCUUGGGCUGUGGUUGAACCAUCCAUCAACAGUAGAUACAUGGAAAUGUACGCGGAUCCCGAAAGCAGAGGAGGUGUGCUUGAACCUGAAGGUAUCGUUGAGAUCAAAUACAGGAAGAAGGAUUUGUUGAAGACCAUGCAUCGGAUUGAUGCGAAAUUAAUGCAGUUGGAUGAUAAACUAAGGAUGAUGACGGUGAAUGCUCAGGCGAGUGUGGAUAUACUUGAAAGAAGAGGGAGUAUCACCCAACCACCUGAAAGGAAAAAGACACCGGAGAUGAUGGAGGUUGAGAAGGAGAUUAAUGAAAGAGAGAAGUAUUUACUUCCGAUGUAUCAUCAAGUUGCGGUGCACUUUGCGGAUCUGCAUGAUACACCGGAGAGGAUGCACGAGAAGGGGACCAUUUUGGAUGUGGUACCAUGGAGGAAAUCACGCUCCAUUUUAUAUUGGCGCAUGCGUCGGUUGCUUCUGCAAGAUUGUGUGAUUACACAGCUUUUGGAAGCUAAUCUUGAAUUGGGUAUAGGUCAGUGUGAAGCCAUGCUGCGACGAUGGUUUGUUGAGGAUAAAGGUGCUUCGGAGGGUUAUAAAUGGGAGAAUAAUGAAACAGUUGUUGAUUGGUUAGAAGACCAGCUGAAACCUGAUAAUACUAAUUCAGUCGUAGCGAGGAAUUUGCAUGCUGUCAAAAAAGACGCUUUGAUACAACGUAUCAGGAAUAAUUUAGAGGAUUGUCCUGAUGUUGCGCUGGAUGCAGUCGUGGAAAUCCUCCAGAAACUCAACGACAAUCAGAAGGCGGAGGUGAUACGCACGCUGUCACUCGUCCAACCGGAAGCAGAGUAGUCUAUCUAUAUCUCUAAUGCGUUUAUUUUUUAACUUUGAUGCGAUCAGUUAAGAUAGGCAACCAACACAACGUGUUUCCGCACCGGAAGCCAGUUUGUUAUUUGUUAUUCGUUGGCGCUCCGGUGUGGUUGUAGAGUAUUUUGACAGUCACGCGCGUGUGGUUAUGAAAUGAUCGGCGCGCAUGCGUUUUUUUAGCAUAAUUGUACAAAUGUUGUAGGUUAGGUAAGUAGGGCGAAUUUUAAGGCAGGGAUUCUUAGAAUGUAAGAGCUACUUAUGAGUGGGGCGGUACAAAAAUGGUACAAACUUAAGCACGAAGACAUUCCUUUUCGAAACAAA